AUUAUUUUACUCAGUAUAAAACUCCCAACGCCAUUAUUGUUCCGCCUGCUGUAUGUUAUCCACCAUCACCUAAGAGACCAAAGGUGGAAGUUCCUCUGGUGAAUCGAAGUCAAUCACCUCAGCAUGUAGACUUAAGUUUUUUGGACGACUUUAAUAUUGAUGAAAUAAUUGAUUGCUUAUAUAAUUGUGAUAGUAAUGAUAGAACAUUGCAAGAAAAGGAAAAUGACCCUAACAGUUCACUUCUAGCAAGUGAGCACAAUGUAAUAGUUUUAAGUAAGGAAUCAUCAACAAAUGUAAUAAACAAUCAUAACAAUAAUGGAAAUAAUGAAGAAAUGAUGAAAUGUGUUGUCAGUGGAUCAGAUACAAAAAAUGUACUAAACAUUACUUUAAAUACCAAUCAAAAUGUAGAGGAAAACUAUACCACUAAUAUUUUAAAUUCUGACAAUGCUAAUGGAAACCAAGAUGGUAUGGGUACAACAGAAAUUCUUGUACAAAAGUCUCAAUCUGAUCAAGUUUUGGUAGACAAUAUUAUUAGUAAUAAUCAUGAAAUUCAAAGUAACUCUAAAGAUAUUGACUGUGAGGGAAACAAUAUGGGUAAAAAUGAGUUUAAUGACAUUAAAAAUAAUAAAUGUUCAGUUUCAAACAUACCUACUCUCUUAAACAAUAACAUUGUUAUAGCGAAAGAUAAGAAAUACACUAAUAUAAUUCAAAAGGAAGUAUUAAAUCCUAAUGAUAUUAUAAAGAAAAAAGAACCACAAAAACAGAUAAUAUUCAAUAAACAUAAUACAGUGCCAAUAAAUACUGUUCAAUGCAAAACAGACAAGUUAUGUAAAGAGUUAGGGAGAAAAAUGUCUUAUUAUUUACAUACAAAGUAUUGGGUGCAAUCAGUAACACACCAUGGUAAAUAUUCUAGAAUAUUUAAAUGCCAAGAUUCUGGUGGUGAGAAGUAUGCAGUUAAGAUGUUGAAUAAUAAAUCAGAUAAAUUUUUCCUUGGCAUUAAAAAAGGAAAAAUGUUAAUGGAGAUUCAAGCUGAUAUUCCAACAGAUAAUUUAUUCUGUGUGUAUUUAAAAAAUACUUUUUGCGUUAACGGUUAUUGGUGCUUUUUGAUGGAGUUUUUUCCUACCAAUUUAGAAAUAGCAAUGGAGAGGAAACCGUUUCAUAUUAAUAUGGUCCAAGAUCUUGCUAGGCAGCUUGUAGCAGCUGUUACUUUACUCAGGAAUAAUGAAAUAGUACAUUCUGAUAUUAAACCUUCUCACAUUUUACUUAACAGUUCUAACACAAAACUUAAAUUAUGUGGAUUUGAUAGUUCCUAUUAUAUAUGUGAGGCUGAAAUGACACCAAAUAUAGGUUCUAUAUCAUACCGUACACCAGAAGUGAUAUUAGGUUACUCUGCUGGAUUCAGCAUUGAUGUAUGGUCUACUGCUUUGAUAUUACACGAAAUGGCAACAGGUCAGAAACUAUUUCCUGGUUAUUGCAACUGGGAUAUUUUGUAUAUGCAAAUGUGUACUUUAGGAAACAUACCUCUUGAAAUGUUAAGCAGAUCAUAUUAUAGCAAUAAAUAUUUUGUUCAUGGAAAGUUUAAGAAAAAAAACGGUCACAGUGAUGAGAAAAUGGUAAAGAAUAUAUUUAAAAGGAGCAAUAAAAUAUCAAAAACGGUUUAUGAUGCCUACUACAAACACUGGGCGCCGUCCAGGACAAAAAUGCAGAAAUCUAUGGAUGUUCAAAAGAUUCAUUCUUUACUUAGCUUACUGGAUCAAAUGCUAGUUAUGUACCCGAACUAUAGAUUACCUAUUGAAUUUGUAUAUUCAAAUCCGUUUAUCUACGAAAUGUUUGAUUGUUGAUUUAUUUUGGUUGUCUUCAAUUUGAAAACAUUUUAAAGUUUUGAAAUGUUCGAAGAUAAUGUUUGCUACCGAUUAAAGAUUAAGAUUCGAUUUAUAUUCUAUACUUUAAGAGUAUCAAUUCAUUUGUUUAUUUUUGUUA